AUGCUUGUAAGUUUUGAAUAUGCUUAAAAAUAUGUGGAACAACUAAAAAAAUAAGUGAAAUGAAAUGUUUGUCGUGUGUAGCAAAUGUUUUUGUCAUUUUUGUUGUGAAAGACACACUAAAACUGUCAACAAGAGUUUUUAGAAAUUUUUUUUGUACUAAAAAUAAUCUUAACAUAAGUACUGACAAUUUGUAAAAUUAAAACUUUAUUUCAGAAAGUCGAAAUAAAAUCAGGCCAGAUGUACCUAAUAACACUGGGUAUUUUUGAACAUAUGGAUCGGCCAUAUAACAAGAUAGCGGGUUGCCUGUAUAUAUCAGCUUUAUACGUGCUAAUAUUAACAUUGGCGAUACAAUUCCUCUACCGUUAUUACGCUUUGUGUGAUACAUGUUUAACAUUGCCAAAGCUUUUUGUACUGUACUUUGGAGGAAUAUUACUGUGCUUUCUUGAAGGCUUUGCUGGAAUGCUUUUGUUUCGAGAUAUGAAUGAUGAAGAUACUAUGAAGAUACGAGAACAUCCAAUGUAUACUGAUGGGGAUGUCGGAUAUAUGACAGUUGAUACGGUAAGAUUUGAGAUAAAUAAAAGUAUGGUUGAUAUAGUUGGCCAAAUUUUUUUCUUACUACACUUUCAUUCUAAACCCUGGUCUUAUUUUAGCUGUACACAAGCCUUACUCUAAUUCUACAAUAGCUUUACUCUGUUCUACCCUAGUCUUAAUCUAGCACUAUUUUAGUCUUAUUCUGGACACAUGGCUCUUACAGUACGAUAAGAAAGCUGUGAAUUGUUUUCGCUGUAUUGUUGGAUACUGUAUGGCUAGUGUUUUUGUACUUUAAGUUAAAAUUUCAAAACAAGUAAUAGAAAAUAAGUUAAGCGAUGUGGUAUUUUUGUUUUCUUGGUAGUGGUAUAUACAAUAGUACUACUUGUUACACAAUAAUAUUUGUCUCGUUUCAUCACGAUAUACAAGAAGGGUGACAUUUACGUAUGUUAUGCGUGGUAUAGAAUACGUAUGACAAAGUUUAUACUUCUACUAAAUCUUUUUUUUGGUUUGGAUGCUUCAAAACGCAAUAUCAGCAAAGUUUUUUAAAUAGCUUUAUAAAAUAAGACAAAAUUUUAAAAAAAAAUUAUUUUAGAAUGAAAUUGGGGCGAUAUACCACACAAUUAUGACACAGUUUUUUAUGAUUUUGGUUUAUGGCAUUGUGUAUUAUACUAAUAAGAAAAUUAAAGCCCAUUAUCAAAACGCUAAUUUUGAUGGUCGUACCAAACGUGCUCAUCAACGUCUAAGCCGACUUAUGAUAAUUCAGGUGACUUUAAGUUUAGAUAUUGGGUUUUCUGUAGAAUGCAGCCAGGGCCGGAAAAAAAAUUUUUGAAAAAAAAGUUGAACGUGGUCCCCCCUGUGGCUUUUCGAAAAAAAAAUUUUUGCAAAAAAUCGACACAGUACCUGUGCCGAUUUUUUGGACUCCCGCCCCCAGGCCAAAAGUCCCCGCCCGGCCCUGUAUACAGCCCUAAAUUCAAAAGUGAAGUGUUUUUUCUUGGAGACGGGGAUACCUACGGAGAUGAUGUUUUGCACGUUUAAAGUUGAGCCUAUUUAAUGCAAAUUUAAAAAAAUCUUACACUUCAGAAACUAAGGAAAUUAUUUACAUUUUUCAAAAAAAUUGUCGUUUUAGGCCACAUACCCAGCCAUAAUGAUUGGAAUACCAAUUUUUAUAGCCACAAUUCUGGCCCAGGCUAAAACGGACGUUCUAUGGGGUGGAUUGUUUAUUAUACCGUGUAUGUCGCUAAUUCCUAUUGCGAAUGCAGUUGCAGUAA